UUGAUACUGCCUGACAGCAUAGUCAAAUGCCAAACAAGAUGGGUGACAGCAGACUAAGUGGAUAUUUGAAGUUGGUGACUCCUAAAUCAAAUCGGAUAACAGGCCUAUCCCAGUCGGUGAAGAAGCGUUGGUUUGUGCUUGAUGAGUCGUCUUGUAAGUUGCACAUGUUUGACAGUCAGAAUAACAUGGAGCAACUGAAGGUCAUUGACCUGUCAUGGGCAUCUCUAACCCCACAUGACAAGGAACCAGGGAUCUUCUCCAUACACACUGGUGAGAGAAGUUAUGAGUUGGAUGCUGGGAGUCAGGUGAGGAGGAUGUUCUGGUUGCAGCAGCUUCAGAAAGUGAGAAGAGAUCACUGCAAACACCGAAUGGAUCUUCUCUCUUCUUCUUCAGAUUCCUUCAGUAGCCUCAAAAAGGACUUUGGAAGCAUGACAUCAUUGGCCAAGAUCAGCCCAGAUUCAGACUCCAAUAAACUCAAAAGACAGCCUGCAGGAAGGCCUCGUAGCUUCACUGCUACCCAGCCCAACUCAGAUGAUAGCAUUUCUUUUAGAAAAGCAUAUCGUGGGUUGCCAAUGGUGGGGAUGUUGGGCAGGGAUGGAAGUGAUGAUUCUGAGACUCCACCUCCAUCAGAGCCUGCCCGCUUUCAUUUGGAUCUCUCACCCCCUCUGGGUUUGAAGAAAUUCCUUCAAAGCUCUUUCCGCCUCCCAAAGCAUUCCAGACCACCAUCUCUCCCUUCACCUAAUGCUGAAACUUGCCCACAAUGUGAAAAGAUGAGGAAGCAGAUAGCCAACAUACAGUUGGAUAUGGAGGCACUGAAAGAUGGUGCAAAUGCAUCUGAGCAGGUGAUUGAAAUCCUCCGCCAACAAGUUGAUAAUCUGACUCGGGAAAAAGAAACUCUGAUUCAGUUGCUGAGGUCGGACUUGACAGAAGCACACAUAGUAGCAAUCCUCAGGGAGAAGGAUGAGCAGCUGUUGGAGAAUGAUUGUCGCAUGAAGGACCUGGAAAGCCAGGUGUCCCAGAUCCACAAGAUGCGAUCCCAACUCGAACUGUAUGAGGAGAUCCUUAAGGUGAAAGAUGAAGCGAUUGUGUCCCUGACGAAUGAUCUCCAUGACCAGCAGUCCACGUCCUCCCUGCAUUUCCGUCAAGCACCGGAAGUGCCUGUGAUAGAAAAACCCCUCUUUGAGGAAGGGACCCAGACAGAAUAUGAUCUCCUUGAAGUACAUCGACUAAAAGAAAUCCUCAGGGCCUUCAAGAUGCAGAAUACAUUCCUGAAUGUAGAAGUGGUGGAGCUGAGUCGGUUAUUACGGGAAGCAGCUCUGAGGGAGGAUGUCCUCCAGCUGUAUGCACUCUUGUAUUCUCCUCCAUCUAGAAUUCCAGUUUCAGGAUUUUGUGAAAGUGGGCAGCUCUCUCCAAUCCUGACAUUACAAAGUUCUUCUGUGAGAGAUGGCUUUCUCUUGGCUCAGGCAUCUGAAAGCAAACUGGCUUCAUUCAUCAGGCAUUGUCGAGAAUGGGAAGGGAGAUUCUACCAGACUCAGAGCAAGUACUUGUCCCUGUUAAGUGACCUGCAUGUCCCAGCAGGAGCCAGGAACUCCAUCUGUAAACCAGAGCUCAUCUCUCGUCUCCUUCAAGAUGUUCUUGAAUGUCAGGACCAACUAGCCCUCUCAAGGUCCACAAUGCACAGUGGCUUGUAUGACCAGCUGGGCUUCACACGCACCACCAUGGAUGUGGCUGUCACUAGAGAUGAUCCUCUUCUGAUGAAAGCCCUGUCUGCUCGAGAUAGAGCAGGAGAGCUUGCAAUUGAUGCCACAAUGGAAACCUUGGAUCCAGAGUGGCGUGUUCGCUGGGAGGGAUUUCUCAUCUCCAUGGAAUCUGAGGGGAAAUUAAUGGGACCAUCCUCAUAUCCUCUGCCCAAUGUGAAGCUCCUUUUGAGAUCAGGGAUUCCUCUGGAGAAGAGGAGGAUUGUUUGGUCUCAUCUUAUUCGAGCCCGCCUCCCAGGUAUUCAAGAAAAGCUGGAAUCAAAGUACUAUCAUCAGCUCCUUGGCACCUUUACUGGUCAUACACGCAUGGAUCCCGUUGCCAAGCAGAUUGAACUUGAUUUGGUUCGGACAUUGCCCAACAACAGACAUUAUGAAUCUCUGGAUUCGGAUGGGAUUCCACGUCUCCGCCGAGUCCUCCUUGCUUUUAGCUUGCAUCACCCUGACAUUGGAUACUGCCAGGGCUUGAAUCGAGUGGCAGCAAUUGCUCUAUUGUUCCUGAGCGAAGAGGAGGCUUUCUGGUGCCUUGUCCAUAUAGUGGAACACUUGCUUCCUCCUGAGUAUUAUAGCAGGACACUACUGGGUGCACAGGUUGAUCAGAGGGUGCUGAAGGAGUUAGUGGGUGAGAAAAUGCCUGCACUGCACCACCACCUAGAGAGACAUUGUGUAGACCUCUCCCUCUUCACCUUCAACUGGUUCCUCUGCAUUUUUGUUGACAACAUCCCUGUUAGGACGUAUCUCCGCAUCUGGGACACCUUCCUCUAUGAAGGAUCCAAGGUGCUAUUCCGAUAUGCAUUGGCCAUUCUGAGAUUGGUUGAACCAGAACUGCUGAGACAGACUGACCACAUGUCCAUGUUCAACCUCCUCCACUCAUACCCUGAGACUCUCCUCGAUGCAUCCCGCAUCUCUCAGGUGGCAUUUUUGGAGCUAAACCCCUUUCCCAUGCGACAUUUGAGAGCCUUGCGGGAGAAGCACCUACUUGCUGUCAGAGCUCAGAUUGAGGAGAUAGAAGCAGUGAGGCACACAUUCAAGACAGAACCAAUCACAGUGUCCAAAGCACUACCAGAUCCUGAUGAAGAUGGAAGUGAUGAGGAAACAUUUUCGUGAUCGCUCCCAUCAUUUACUCUGGGAACCAAGAGUCUCACAUUCUCACAUUCACACAGUCUCGCAUUGAAUCUUCACGUCACACAUCUACCUUCAUAUUCUACAUCCUUCCUUUGGGGGGGAAAUACUUAUCCUUUUCUUUUUUAAAUAUUUUUUCUUGAUUUUUCCAUUUUCAUUGUUCAUGCCUUGAUUUUUCCCCUUCUGCUGUUUUUUGUUGCAUUUAUCCUGUUUUAAGGGACUAUAUGCAGUGAGUAUUUAUCUGGGGUAUGAACUGGCAAUUUUUUCAUCAAGUCACCAAUCUAUUAGUUGAUUAUGCCUGAGGGAAUGUAGAGGCACCAUUGAUAGGCUGGACUGGCAAAAGAAUGAUUCCUUGCACGCAAAUUACUGUUAUUUUGUCGCAUGAAUCAUUCCCAAGAAAAGGAAGAAGUAAUUUUGCUCUCUUUUUUGGGAACCAGAUGGGCCAAGCACACCAACACUGGAGUAAUAUUUUUUGCUUAAGUAAGUUACCGGUACUUACUAUGAUGACAGACAUUGAUCCCAUAGAAAUUCAUAGCAUUGAAUGGGAAUUCCCACUGUGAUAUGAUUAGCCUCUCUCAGGACGAUCUAAGCAUUAACAAUUGUUCUUCUGCCAGCAUUGGAGGGAAAUUUGUUUGCUUUUUUUCAUAAAAUCUUGC